AUGCCAUCGCCAGAAAGAAAGAAGAAUAAACAUAAGAAAAAAGACAAGGAUAGCAGUCACAGAUCUUCUCCGAAACAUAAAUCGAAGAAAAAGAAAUCUUCGAGAACACCAAGCAGAGGGAGAGAGAAAAAAAAGGAUUAUAAAAAAGAAAUUAAGGAAUCUCCACAUAAUACAUAAACUCUAAGUGAUAAGCAAUUAACAGACAUGUUUGGAAGUCUUCCUGGAUUCAAUUUAGAAAUUUUAAAGAAGAUUUAAGAAUAAAUGAAGGAUGGUAGAAGACCAUCAAAUGAUGAUUAAUAAUAAUUAAUGGGAUUGUCAGCAUAUGGCUUUCUUCCUAUUGUUAAUCAGCAAAUUCCGAUAGUUUUACCAACACCCGGAACUAAAAAGAGCUCGCGAUAGUAAAAAAAUAUGAAAAACACUUUCAAGUAGAGAAUGUUAGUACCAUUUACCUAUGACACAUUGAUGGUAAUCUUAGAAGAUUAGUUUUAUUAAGACUAAUUACCCGAGGAAUUAAUAACUUAAAUUAAAAGAAGGAUAAUUGAUCUAAUUAAAAAAAGAGUUCAAGACCAAAAAUAAGAAGAAUUUAAUGAAAAAAUUGAGAAAUUGGAAUAAGAUCUUAAAAAGCCAAUGAUAUUGGACGAACAACAAUAACAAUAAUAGCAACAAUAACAAUUAAAUUUAAUCAAGAGUAUUUUCACAGUGCUUCAAAAUAACAAAGAAGAUGGACAUCAACAAAGUUAAUUAAGUACAGAUAUAAAAGAUUUACUUUAACCUAUGGAAAUUGAAACACCAAAUAUUGUGGAAAAGGAUCUUUAUGAGGAAGCUAAGCUUUUGUUUAGGUGA